ACAGGCUAACAGGCUAACAGGCAGGAAUGAAAUAUGGCAGCAUGGGCGAUGAAUACACAGGACAUGUUUACCCUGCACAUGCAGGUUUAAUAAUCCAGGCUGGGAGCGUUGGACACGCUGGUCUGCACGCACACAUCUCUGCAAACGCUGACCUUGACCUCUCUGCAGCUGUGGCUUAGGCUGAGAGCCUCAGAAGGUGAAGGAGUCGUUAUUUCCCGCUGAACUCCAACCUCCACCCCCCAUUACCUUAAUGAGGCACCCAGAGAUCCCCACCAGGGCAGACAUGCCCCCCAGGCGAGCCGACCUCCUGCGUUAGCAAGGCAGUCCCCCAGCCAGGCCCUGGUUUCCACAUCUCCCCUCAGCUCUUCUUCCCCUCUGCCCAAUCUUGUGUUUGGAGGAUGGUGGUGGCGCACUGAUCCCCUCGUCCCCUCGCUGGCUGUCCGUGGCCCAGGAAUGUCGGGCGGAGGUACCUGACGGAGGUGCUGGGUGGGUGAUGACACAGAAAGUUGUAACGUAAGCAUCCCACGGCCACCGAUGGGCACCAAACUGCGAGAGGACCUGUUCCGCAGGUACGUGUCGUCCCUGGACGAGCGGCUGGAGGGCGGAGCUGGAGCCGAGGCGAGUCAGAGUGGCGCGUGCGAGGAGGCCCUAGUCUCCACGGCGACGGCUCUGCUGGGCGUCUACCAGCCCGAGCCGGGGCACCGGUUCCGAAUGAUCCGUUUCUACGACAUGGUGGAGAAUUCGCUGGGCAGCGUGAGGGGCGCGAGUCUGCAGACGCUGGAGACAGCCUUCGCCACGCUGGAGCUCAUCUGUACCAACCUGCUACUCUUUCCCUGGAAGAAGGAGUUUCGCUGCAUUAAGACGUUCACAGGGCCCUACGUGUACCAGCUGCAGUCUGUGCUGUGCGACUGUGAUCUGCGGGCCGUGCUGCGCUCCAUGGGCUACUCCCGUGACCAGGAGCCGCACUACCUGGUCCGCGAGCACCCGGCCGCGGCCUCCCACCUGCGUCAGCUGGCCUUCGAGCUGCUGCUGGCCCAGGCCGAGUGUCGCCUCCUGGCAGAGGUGGUGUCUCUGUCCCGGGGCGCCGCCUCCGAGCUGGACGCCGUGGAGCUGAGGCGGACAACACGGGAAGACGCCGUGGGCUGUGCGGAUGCCCUGCGCAGACGCGACGGCCUCACGGGAGAAGUGGCACAGCUGACGGUCCGUGCCGCAGACGCCGACCGUGCCGUUCUGCGUCGGAGCGGACGCCCGUCGCGGUCGGUGGACGUGACGGACAGCGCGGGACACUGGCACCCCGCCAGCAAGCCUGUGCUGAAGGCCUCGCUCAGCCUGCGCAGGGAGCCUCUGUUCGUGGACACAGAGGAGGACCUAAAGGAUGAGAUCAUCCGUCCCACCACAUCACUGCACCCGCCGGCCACCGCCCACAACUCUGCGCUGGAGUUCUACCCUGUGCAGUCGCCCCCAUCUGAGCCCUACCCCUACCACCUGCCCUGCCUGGACGAGAUCGACCUGUACACGGAGCGGGGGCUAGGCGGCCGCCAGACGACCUCCAGACCACCCAGCCGGGAGGCGCGGGACGGCUGGGCACUGAAGGCUCACGGGCCCAAGUGCCAGGGCUGCGGGCUCAGCUGUCCCGCGCUCACGUCCUGCCCUGGCUGUGACAUGAUCCUGUGCCCGUCCUGCCACACCGUGGACCCCACGCCAUGCUGCGGGUUCCAGGACUACCCCAAAAGCUCCCGCCCCCUGGAUGGCUAUGUGCCCAUGAAGGAGAAGCUGUCAGUUUACUCAAGUGCCCACUCGCACACCCACCCGCACCCGCUGAGCCACGCCCACGCCCACGCCCACUCCCCGCUGCUGGACAAGCCUGUCAUCAGCACCAAGCUGUUUCCCAGCAAGCCCCUGGCCCUGAGCGCCGUGAGUGGGGCACCCGCCGGUCCGGCCGGGUCUGCCAGCUCUCGCUGUGGCUUCUGUAACAAGCCUGGAGCCUCACACACCUGCGUGAACUGCUCCAAGGUGUCGUGCGACUCGUGCAUGAGCCUGUACGCUGGAGACAUGUGCACACGCAAGAACCUCCCCCACAGCUUUGUGGCCAACCAUCAGCUCAACUACAAGUCUAGCACCAUCUCACACUUGGUGUAUCGAUAGACGCCGCACACACCCACCAGCUCACACUCUCUCUCACUCUCCUCUAUCUCUCCCUGAUAUACUUUCACUCUUGUUGUCUUUUUCCUCUCUUCCUUUCUCUCUCUUUUCUCUCCCUCUCUCUCUCUCUCUCUCCUCUCCCUCAUUCUUAUAUUUUUCACUGCACUCUUCCUCACUGAGCUGAGAAGCGUUUUUUCCAUCUGGUCCAUUUUGAUGUAGAAAUUCAGACUGUACACUGUUGUUUUUGGGGGUUUUUUUUUUUUGCUUUUAAAAAAUUUUCCCUUUUCCUUCCUUUCUUCUCUCUGCUGUCGAGUCAUGUGAUCUUGUAUUUCUCCCCUCCUGUGAUCUGCCUCCGUGUGACGGAGAGAAGAACAAGAUGAAGACUAAAAAAGACUUGUGACAUAUGCAACCCCGAGGAGAACACAGGUUAGGGUUAGGGCUGACCCCGACCCUGACCCGUGGAGGACUGCAGCGUAGCAGAGAACCCCCCAGGAAAUCACAUAACAGAGACAAAUAUUCUUGAGCUUGAACAACAACUGAACUACGCGAGAAAAACCAACACUGGAAGUGGAUAUUCUAUAUUUUGAAGCAUAAGUGUAUAGGUGUGUGUGGAGGGUUUGGGGUUUUGGCAGCGGCUCCAGUGAAGACAGAAGCCUUGCUUGUGAACUGCUGUGUUGGAUGUCUCGCUGUGAGACGUUAGGCUGUCCAAACUGCUGCUGUUUCAGGUGAAAUAAACAGUCUGGGGAAGACGUGG